AACACAUUUCCUGUACAGCAGCGCUACACAAGCGCUGUCAGAGUAAAAUCGAAACAAAACCGCGUCGCUUGUCAAAUUUAACAAAGGAAAACAUACAAACAGUUAAUCAUACCAAAAAAGAAGACCGGAAACCACGGCAAAAUAGGGACAAGAUGUGCUACUGAUUUGAAACGGACACCUGACGUCUCGCUGUAAUGUUGGUCGGUUAGCUAGUUAGUGUUAACCGGUUGCGGCGUGAUUUGUUUUGCUUGAAUUGUGUUAUAAUAACUAGGAACUUACCGAACUGGAUUGAGGUUUACCGGUAAUUAUCAGCUAAACAAGACUGUUCCGCUUUGUAUCUGGUCAUCAUCGUUGAGUUGAACCUGUUAUUUACAUCUUGGCGAGAUCUAAACCUCCACCAAGAUGUCAAAAUACACAACUUUUCCCGAUUCGUCUGAUGAUCACAAUCCAUUUCAGGAUCCAUCAGUGACUCAGCACAGCAGCAACACUGGCUAUGCCACGCUGGACCUCUACAACCCAUUCGACAACAACCAAACAGCGCCUCCACCUCCCUAUGAAGCCACAUCUCCUGCUGCGCCCCCUGCCCAAACGCCUCCCAGCAGGACCACGCCGACCGAACCCAGGAACUACGGAUCCUACGGGUCACAGUCUGCAGUAAAUGCCACCACAGCAGAUCUAUUAAAGAAGCAGGAGGAGCUGGAAAGAAAAGCACAGGAGCUGGAGAGAAGAGAAAGAGAGCUCAAUGCUCAUGCACUUGGAUCUGGAGCCUCACGUCAGAAUAAUUGGCCCCCAUUGCCCUCCUUCUGCCCUGUGGGACCGUGCUUCUAUCAGGACAUUAAUCUGGAGAUUAGCCAAAGCUUCCAGCGCACCGUCACCACCAUGUACUACUACUGGAUGUUCACAGCAUGCACUUUGCUCAUUAACCUCAUCUCCUGUUUGGCUGUCUUCUGUGUGGAUCCCAAUAAUGGAGUGGGCUUUGGCCUUGCCAUCCUCUGGUUUCUCCUCUUCACCCCCUGCUCCUUUGUCUGUUGGUACAGGCCUGUGUACAAAGCCUUCAGGAGUGACAGUUCCUUCAACUUCUUUGCAUUUUUCUUUGUGUUCUUCGCCCAGCUGGUGCUUUAUGUUAUCAUGACUAUUGGUAUCCCAGGUUGGGGUUUCAGUGGAUGGAUCGUGAGUUUAGCUGCUCUCAGCAAGAGUAAGGCCGUGGGUGCCAUCAUGAUGAUGAACGCUGUGCUCUUCACUGCACAGGCGGCUAUGGGAAUAGUGCUGCUCAAGAGGGUUCAUUCUAUGUACAGAAAGACCGGAGCGAGCUUCGAGAAAGCCCAGGCUGAGUUCGCCACCGGUGUAAUGUCCAAUCAGGCCGUGCGCCAGGCAGCCACCAACGCCACCGUUUCCGCCGCACAGGGCGCCUUCACUGCACCCCGAUAGAGGAAAACAAAUAAGGUUGAACAACAUUACUGGUUAAACAGCCUUGAGACAAAGUGACUUAUUCUAGCACACUUAGUCAACCAACACACUUCGCUCUUGCAUGCACACCAGGUUAAACAAACUCAUAACGAUAGUAAAACUACAUUGGAUUUCUUUUUGUAUUCGUUUAUUGGUUGAGUUCAGACGUGUAAAAAGGAUCUUGAUUUGAAAUGAUGGUUUAUAUGUAUCUACUCCAUCGAUCACGCUAGGAAAAAGUCACUGAUAAUUCUAAAGAUAACAAAAAUACCUAAGACCCCCGAGUUUGUCUCUCUCUUUACAUCCCUAAAGCUUGUGUAAGGUCUCGUAAGCAGAUACAACUAAGACGUGCCACAUUCUGCCUUCACUUUAUCCUUGAAUUUCUUCCUUUUUGUGUGUAAAUAGCUGUAAACGGCCAUGAAAGGGAUACAAAAGAAUGAAAUAAAACUGAUUUUGCCAAACGUUUUUCUUCAGAAACCGAGGAAUAUCAUAGUUUAGAGGUUCAGGAUUCACUUGAUUAGUCUGUUGGUGGGUGUAUUUCUUGCUUUGACUUUUAUUUAUGAAAGAGCAUGUUCAACUACUGUAUGUACCUCUUUGACACCUGACUAAUGGUUUAUUUUCCUGAACUAGAGCUUCGGAUUACUGAAUCAAACUUGAUACGUUGAUAUAAAACUCCAAUUUUCUUAUCAAACUAUCGUUGCGGAGAUGUUUGUGGCCAAAAUAUGUGUUGCUUUUGUGAUUUGUAACCUUUUUUUCCCCACAAUCUUUUGUCUUACACUAUAGUAUAUGCCUAAAUGGAAGUAUUACUUGGUUGUUUUACUGUUAUUGUAUUGCUGCUGUAUGUUCUUGUGUUUGUCACUGUGUUAUUUGUUUUAUUAAAAUUCAUGAAUAUGCAUCUUACGCUGUUUGUAUACGGAUGAUUCGGUUUAGUUCGAUUUAGAGGCAGUUAGAUGUAGACGCUGGGUCUAACUCGCUACAUUUUCUUGUUGCGAUAAUUGCUGUUGCUAUUUAUCAUGAUAUCGUAUUAUCACAAUAUUGACAUAAGCUGCAAAGAAAUACCUUUUUGAAUGGGUAUAGUAGUAAUGACAACAGUUCUCAAUUGCUUUUUGUAUACAUAAAUGCAUAGAAUGUAUUCGAAAGUAUAUUAAGUAUAUAACUAUAUAAAACUAAUACAAUAAUCAACACUUUACAUGGCUCCAUUUGUUACAUUAUUUGUAAUGUUAGCUAAACGAUAGCUAAAUCCUUUUUAAAAGCAUUUAUUAGUGUAAGGUUAUGUUAUACAACUCAUCCGAAUCAAAAGUUUUGUUUACUUUAGUAAAGAUAUAAAGUUUAAAGGGGUGGUCCAGAGUGUAUUUUUAAGGCUUGGUUGUGCAAAGCAAUGUGUGCUCAUGCUUCAUUUGUAAAAAAAAAAAAAAAAAAUCAUGUAUUUUUUCACAUCUCUUACUUGGAUUAUAUACAGCUACUCAGCUGACAUGAAAACGACUGUCGAAUUUCCUAGUUCCUCUGAAAGCCUGCCCUCAAGAGGCUAUGAUUGGUCGUGUAACAUAAUGUUCUGUGAUUCGGGGUUCGACUCCACGUCACCAGAUAAAGCGUCACAACUCUAAUAGCACACGCUGUGCCUCUGCUAUGUAAAUACUGUCAGUCAGAGUAGCUGCUAGCCGUAUCAGUUUAAGCCUGAAUCAGACAGAAAAUAAAAAGGAUGAACCUCCUGCCUGCUCUCUAAAAGAAAAUCUGACAAGUGUCUUUCACAUAUAUUCAGGUUAUAAGCAUGUGUAAGUAAUAUGAAACGUUCACAUAUCUUUUGUGAGUUUGUUAUUUGAGAUGUAGAACGCAGGGAAAGCGUCUGCAUACAGAGACACUGCAGCACUGCUGAAGAUUGUGGGUGUUUACAGGGGUUUGACUGAUAAAUAUGAAUUUGUAGCUAAAUUGUUAGCGGUGCCAAACAGCAUUUUCAGUUGUUUACAUCAUUGUUUAUGUCCUUGCUACAACAUAGCAUUAAUGCUAGAAACUAUGCAUGUAAUAGAUCAAUUUGAACAAAUAAAAAUACUUACAGGUUGUGGCUCACAAUCCACAGCUUUGUCUGUUAUGGUUGGAGCUGCUCCUUCUUUAAGGAGUUUUAACUGAAUCCAGCACUGAACUGGGAGAGAUUCUGGAAGCUGUCCUUUGUCAAAUGCUAACUAUAUAUUUUUUAGAAUUUUCUGGAACAUAAUUAAAAUUAAAUUGUAAACA